AUGGCGAUGGCGGAAAUGCGAGAGCGUGUGGGCAAUGAUCCCCAUCCCACAGUGGCCAGGGUCCCCUCGAGCAGGCCGCUCGCGGCGCGGCUGUGGCCGGCGGGGCUGAGACGCGAGUUUGUCGAGGGACUGCUCGAGGGCACGGUUGGCGGCUUCCUCUGCAAGAGCAGUUGCGAGAUGAGCGGCCUGCUCUCGCUCACGUCUCACGCCAUCGACAAGGUGUUGAGAUCCGCAGUAGUUCUGGAUAUUGUCUCGAGUGCAACGAUCCUCGGGUCGACCUAUGAGCAGAGCUUUACGCUCACACACACCUCGCUCAUCGAGCUCAUCUCGCUCAGCGGCUGCCGCUGCUUGAUCGGGCCCGACUCGGGCGAGUGCCACGCGAACGCUUCUCAAUAUGCGAAGGACUGGUUGCCCUUCUAA